UGCUUGUAUUUAUAUCUUGAAUUUUGUACCUUUUUAUUUAUUUAUUUUUGUACUUUCCAGGAUAAUGGAGAAUAUUUGGCUUGAAGGGAUAAGGCGAAAGGUAAAAAAAGUAAAGGAUACUCGAGUCAUUCAAGAGGUCAUAUCUUUUUCUGGGGAGGAGACUGACUUCAUGCAGGGUUACAUUGAGAAACUGGAAGAGGAAACAAAAAGCAUCUUCAGGUCCCCUGUGUCUACUCAUAAAAACUACUUUUACUUUGCAUGUGAAAGAUCAACUGAAGCAAGUGGGAAAAGCAAAGGAGAACCAACAAAGACAAGAGCUAAUUCUUGCAAAGCUUAUGUGUCUAUUAAAAUCAUCAAAGACGGUUGUUUCACAGGUGCGGUGGUCAACAAAAUGCUUCAACACAAUGGACAUGAUGUGUGCAUGAAGGAAGAGGGUGUUAAAAAUCGCAUUGAUCCAGAGUUGUUAAGUUUUAUAGAAAUGUGGCUUGAUCAAGGACAGUCAAUUUCAGAAACACUUUUAAAAUGUGUGGACUGGGCAGAGCGUCAUGGACAUAUGGACAAAUAUAACCGGCGCUAUUACGUUACACCUGAAGAUAUUCGAUUAAUCAAGAAGAGCAUUAAUGCUCUUAGUUUUCCUGAUGCGAAAGACUGCAUUAGUGUGGACAAGCUAGUCACAUCUGAGCUGCAGGAAAACAUUUGUUUUUACCAGCCAUUGAGUGAUAAUCAACCACUAAUAAUUGUAGUACAGACGCCCUGGCAAAAAGAUGUACUUAGAGAACAUGCUCACACCAUGGUAUUCAUGGAUGCCACUUACAAAGCCAUGACAGCAUAUGGUUAUGCAUUUUAUGCACUUUUAUUGACCAACAGUAUUGGAAGAGCAGUCCCAUUUGCUUAUUUUAUUGUGAGUGAGGAAUCAGCGGACAUACUUGCUUUCUGCUUGGAAAAGCUCACAGAACACAACCCUGGAUUUCUUCCCAGGUCGAUAAUGAUUGACCGUGACCUUAAGGAACUCAAUGCAUUAAGAAGAGUUUUUCCAACAGCCAAGAUGCUUCUUUGCUGGUUUCAUGUACUCCAGGCUGUGCAUAGGUGGAUGGUUAGAAGAGAUGGAGGAAACUUGUCAGUGAAUCAACGAAAUAUUGUAAUUCAAGCAAUGGUGUCAAUGAAAUCCUGUUUAACGGAAGAGGAGUUUAACAGCAUGUCAGCUAGAAAGUGUGAAGAGAUUGAUACCCGUCUGGGCAGUUCACAUGUAUCAACCUACCUCAAGAAUCAGUGGAUUUGUAUGGGAGGUUUGUGGUCCAAUUUUGGAAGGACGUUCUAUCACCACAACAGCGAAACCAACAACAAGGCAGAGAGGUCAACUAUUAAAAUUAUAACACCUUGCCCUCAAAUUACUUUUUAAAAUAUAGUGUGAAUAACAUGAUAUAUUCAUUACAAAUAUUAAUUAAGGAUGUUCUAAAUGUUUUAACUUUUGUACACAGA